AUGUCUACCCCUCCAUCUGGUACUAGUCUUGGUCUUGAUUCUCCAGCUUCCGCAACAGCAGAUUGUAUAUCUUUGCCCAAUACCGAUACUGAGAAUUCAGAAAAUUGUUCAGGUAUCUCUUCAGAUUCUGAGGAUGUUGAUGUGGAUGUGGAUGGAGAUAUCGACAUAGAAGACCAAGAAAGCAAUUGGAAAUUCGAAGUAACUCCCGAAAUCACCCGUCGACUUUCCAUCGUUCCAAGUCCAGAAAUCACAAGAAGAUUAAGUAUCGUUCCAAUAUCUAUGCCUUCACAUCUCCUCCAAGCAUCUCAAUCACUCUCACAAGCCAUGGAAACGGAAGAGAAAGAAGAAGAAGAAGGCAUAAAAGAGGAAACGAAAGAAGAAGCCACAAAAAAAGAAGAAGAGAAACUCACACUUCCCACCCUCCCAAACGAACUCAAACUAGAAAUUUUCUCCCACCUAGACCCUAUCGACGCAACAUGUCUAGCCCUCACAUCCCGCCACACCUAUCUCAUCUACCGGGCCAUCCACGGCACGGCUCUCCCCCUCAACACCCGUCGCAUAGGUCCCAAUAACCUGGAAUACGCAUUUACGAAAUCGACGGAGAAAAUGUGUAGGUAUUGUGGCAAAGGCCGAUGUGAACUAUGGAUGCACAUACGAGAAUUUAUGGAAAAAGGACCAUUAGAGAGGGAAUAUUGUGGGAUGAAGGGGAAUUUUGGGGGGAAGGGGAGAGAGGGGAGAGAUGGCGUGGAUGGUUGUUGGAGGGGGAAACCGAGUAAACCGAGGAGGUGUGGGAGACAUCCUGAGCGGACGACUACGGUGAGGGUGGAGGAUGGGGGGGAGAAUCUAGAGAGGAUUAUUAGGGAGGCGAGGGCUAUGGUGGGGGUUUAG